CUUCCUUAUUGACAUUGACUACAAAGUCUGGAAAUGGUAUUAAAUAAAACGAUUUGAUGUGUGGUGAACAAAAAUCAUGUUUAUAUAUAAUAAUCUAUGUCCUGGAUACAAUGAACGUUACAUUUCUUUUAUCGAAUAUUAAAUUAUGUAGGAAUAUUAAAUUUACAUGCCAAAUUAGUCAUUCAACUACACGUCAAUUUGUACACAUCACGGAAUUUGACUAGUUGAUUGUAAUGAUAAAUAUAUCUCGUAAGCGUAAUUUUAACAGGGUAUGAUCAUUAUAUUGAAGAGAUUAAACAUACGGUGCAAAAGGUAACUAAAAGUUGAUGGUAACAGUAGACUUGUCUUCCAAUGGGUUACACGGACUGGUUGUUACUGCGACUGGGCCUACAAGGCGCCUGUCUGAUCCUGUUCAUGUACCACGCAACAUGGACCAGCCUCCUUUACUUCAUCAUAUUUCUAGGUUCAUUGAUAAUACUUCCAAAAUACUUGACUGGGGAAAACUGGAAGAGAAAUGAUACAGAGAAACCUAAAAAGAUGAAAGCUAUUCUGCAAGAGCUCUACCCCACCCCACCAGAAGAGGAAACUUCAAACCAAGUUGUUCAAGGAGUUAUGUCCCUUGUAUCAUAUGCUCCAGAGAAUACGGAAAGUUUGAAGAACUUUCAGGUUGUAAAAGAAAAUUCCAACUGUUUAUUUGCCAAGAAAGCAAAGCUCUGGGGGAGUCCCGAUUGGAAUGAAAAGUUAAAGCUUGAAGGAAACAUUUCUAGACUGGUUCCAAUGUUCUUAAAGUUCACAAUCCUGUGUUCCCAAGAGCGGUUGGAUGGAUUUCUGCUAGAGCUGCCUGGCUUUCCCUUUGGAAAAGAUAUUCAGGCAUUUGGAGAUGCCCUUUACAAAGUGCUUGCCAUCUUAUCAGACUUCGACCCUGCCGGAUUUCACUGCAUGGACAAAUCCUAUGUCGGAAAACGUGGAUGGGUGUUCGAAUUCAACAAAAUCACUUUCUUCAUUACAACUUUUGCACCAUUCUACCCAGAAAAUCAUGCCAGAUACAGUCACGGAGCAGAAAAUUGCUACAUCUUCUUUCAACCCGAGUUAUCAUUUGCGUUUAAAGACUUACCUCCUGACACUAGUGAAACAAACUGGACGGAGCCUAAAACAGUACGAGACAGGAUACGGAUUGCGUUUAAAGAGGCAGGAAGACGUUACACUGUGCCUGAGGAUCCAUCUUCACCAAUGGCUCUGGAUAUGUUGAGACCCAUAAAUGAAGGGGAAGGGGUUUAUGAGUGGUGGAAAAGUGAAAAGUUCUGAUUUUGUUUGGUGUAAUGUUUUGUAGAAAUUGAUGAGACAGGAUACAGACUUGUAUUUAAAGUGGCAAGGAGAAGUGACACUAUCCCUGAGGAUCCAUCUUCACCAAUGGCUCUGGAUAUGUUGAGACCUGUAAAUGAAGGGGAAGAUGUUAUGAGUUGGGAUGAGACAUUACAGUCACCCUGCAAUAGAUACGUAUCGAUACAACUACAUUCCAAUACAGUUGUUCCGAUAUGAUACAGAUACUUGAUAUAUCAGAAUAGUUAUAAUGUUAAUAGCCAUUAAGUUUCUAAAUAUUCUGACGUUGCUGUAAAAUUGUUGAAAUGUGACUAAUAGAUCUUGGUUUCGUUGAGAUAUUUGUUACCGUUUGAAUAAACAAAGAUGUU